AUGGAUGAAGCAGCAAUUGCUAUCGGCACGGUGUCCUCCAUGGAAUUGUCAACGAGUGCCAACUCAAGCCCAUUCGGCGCUGGAGGCGGGGAAGAGGCCGGCGGCGACGCUGAAGACGGGGAAGGGCCAGCCGGUGGCGCUGGAGGGAGGAAAGAGGCCGCUGAGUCCACCGGCGGUGCUGGAGGCGGGGAAGGGCCAGCCGACGGCGCUGGAGGGGGGAAGAGCCCACCAAGGUCACCGGUGGUGCUGGUGGCGGGGGAGAGGCCGCCGGCGGCGCUGGGUGCGGGGGAGAGGCCACCGACGGCGCAAGUGGCGGGGGAGAGGCCGGCGGCGACGCUGGGCGUGGGGGAGAGGUCGUCGGCAGCGCAGGUGGCAGGGGAGAGGCCGUCGGCGGCGCUGGGCGCGGGGGCGAGGCCGCGGAGCCAGCCGGCGAUGGGGUCGACGAUGUAG